AUGGCCACCGAAAUGUCUCCGACACAGUUGGCUGGGCCACGUCCGCCGUCUCUCCCUCAGACAUUCCCUCAAUUUGAUGAAAUCCGGUGUCUACAUCCUGGUUAUGAAUGUCCAAUGCCGGUGCUCUUCAUACUCCCACGAGUCGAUUGUGAGACAUUUGAAGGUGGUCUUGUUUACGGACUACAUCAUAAAACAGCUUUGACAGCUUGUCAGAUCGUUGCCGGUAAUGUAUUUGAUGCUGGUUAUCUUGCUCUCGAUCGAGCAGGCCUCCAAAGGGUCACGACAUCUUUGGACGACCUCCUGACGGAGGAUUCUUAUUAUUUUGUUGUCGAUGGCAAUGGUUUGUGA